AUAUUUGAUAAGGGCCGCGCAUGUUGGCUAUAAGAACACAUCCCCAGCUGCCUCGCACGUUUAGUUAACUGAAGAGAUUCCACGAUGAAAUACCUGGCAAUACUUGCUCUGCUGCUGCCCCUCGUCUAUGGCGCUGCGGUGCCCCAUUUACAGCUGGCCGAUGCCGAUCUGGUGCCGGACAUGUCCACGGCCGAGGAUGGCAUGAUGCUGGCCCGUGUGCCGGACAUGUCUGUGGCCAGCGAUGCCGCUGACAUGCCCAGCAAGCGCCAGGUGCCGCCCUUCCGCUUCAUGAGCGCCCAGCUGCUUGAUGCCCAGCUGGCCAACGCCGACAUUGACCAGGUGCCCGACAUGUCUGUUGCCGCCGAUGCCGAGGAUAACGAGACCGUCGUCAAGGUGGAGCCAUUCCAGGCUGAUGCAGAUCUUGUGCCCGACAUGUCCGUUGCCGCCGAUGCUCUGGAUCAGGUGGCCGACAAUGCCGAUCUGGUGCCCGACAUGUCCGUGGCCAGCGAUGCCGAGUAGAGGCCCGAUCCCACUCCCUCCCUCCUACUCCCAACUCACGUCUAAUUUAUAACUAACAUAUGUAUCGUGUAUUGUAUUUUCUAAGUUUUUAUAGGCAGCAUUAAUAAAUUUAAAAGGCUUAGCA